UGUCUAUGCAGGAAAUUUGUUCUUCACAUAAUGCUGUAUUUCUGUGGUAUCAGCUGAAGAGUGCUGUCAGACAUCUGAGCUUUGCAGCCUGUGAUGUGGUGUUAUCAAAAAGCUGGCUUUUGAAGGCAGGUCCUAUUUCCAAACAGGAGGUGGAGCUGUGAAAUGAGCUGUCUUGGUGGGGCAGGAUAAUCCUGUGGAAUCAAUAUUUGCUUAUCGGUUGGACACAACAUUGGUGGAUGUGCAGAAGUCUCAGCUGUCACUGCGCUAGAGGGCUGGAAAAGCAGCAGGUCCACAAGGAAGCCUUUGGAUGUUUCUAGCUGAAUGUACACUGAUGGUCGCUAUUCCAGGAGGAGUGUUCACAAUGGGCACUGAUGAGCCUGAAAUAAAGCAAGAUGGAGAAUGGCCUGCUAGAAGAGUCCAUGUUAACAGUUUCUACAUGGAUCAGUAUGAGGUCAGCAAUGAGGAAUUUGAGAGAUUUGUGAAUUCUACUGGCUACAUUACUGAGGCAGAGAAAUUUGGGGAUUCCUUUGUGUUCGAGGGAAUGCUGAGUGAAGAAGUAAAGGCUGAUAUCCACCAAGCAGUUGCAGCUGCUCCCUGGUGGUUGCCUGUGAAGGGAGCCAACUGGAAGCACCCCGAAGGUCCUGACUCUAGUAUCUCCAACAGAAUGGAUCAUCCAGUUCUUCAUGUUUCCUGGAAUGAUGCUGUGGCAUUCUGCACAUGGGCAGGGAAACGAUUACCAACUGAGGCUGAAUGGGAGUACAGCUGUCGAGGGGGCCUUGAAAAUAGACUUUUUCCAUGGGGCAACAAGCUUCAACCGAAAGGUCAACAUUAUGCCAAUAUCUGGCAGGGAGUAUUCCCAACUAGUAACACUGCAGAAGAUGGAUAUAAAGGAACAGCGCCUGUCACUGCAUUUCCUCCCAAUGGAUAUGGCUUGUACAACAUUGUAGGAAAUGCCUGGGAAUGGACAUCUGACUGGUGGGCUGUUCAUCAUUCAACAGAUGAAGUUCACAACCCUAAAGGGCCCUCAUCUGGGACCGACAGGGUGAAGAAGGGUGGAUCCUAUAUGUGCCAUAAGUCUUACUGCUACAGGUAUCGCUGUGCAGCACGUAGUCAAAACACUCCCGACAGCUCUGCCUCAAAUCUGGGGUUCCGCUGCGCAGCAGACACCUUGCCAGAACUGCAGUGACCAGGUGGGCUGUCGCACUGAGACAUGAGGGGCUGAAUUCACCUAGGGAAGAGGAGAUCCCUGCAGUGUCACUUGCCGAUGACACGGAACAGAGAAAUCUGGUGCUUAAACCUCCUGCUGAUGGAGAGAAGAAAAAAAAAAAAAAAAAAAGGAAUCCAACACUAUUCAGUGUUGCUUGAAGAACCUUCACAUAUUUCUCUUUGAGGGACCAGGCCUGGACUUUUAUCCUGACCCAACUUUUUACUGGUGAUCUCUGUUGGUUUUAGCAAAUGUGCUGGAGUUAACUAGCACAAAACUGAGCAGAAAUGCCUAUUGUGUUUUAAAGGUUAAUUAAUAGCCCUUUCAGAAAAGAUCUUUAUUAAAUUAUGUAUAGUUUUAAUUUCUACACUCAAAUUCAGUCAACAAGAACUUUACAAACUUCUAGACAGCUUUAGGAGACACUUGAAGCAGUUCAGAAUGUCUAGAUAGCUUUAAAAGAAAACUGAAGGAGUUAAGAGUGAGGACUGGCAGACACCAUCCAUCCGCACGGGCAGUUAGUGCAGCCCUUCUAUUACAGUCCUGUUGCAGUGAAAAUCAGGUCCAGAAAUGUGCUUUUUCUGGUGAGAUACUUGCUCAUUUUUGGAUAGUGCCUUCUGCAACUGAGGGAUGAUAAUCCUCAGGGUGAUGGUGAUUAGAAAUGUUAUACAUACUUGAAUAAAAUUUCAAGCGUGUAUUUAUGCUGAAGACUUAUUGAUGGAAAAAACGCUGGCAAUUUCCUUUGAAUUUCUUAAGACGUGAUCUAGGCUUAUUUUAGGGACCUGCAAAUUGCAAAAAUGGUAUCACCAGAAACUGAAGCUAAUAAAUUAUUCCACUAGAAUAGAAGAUCAUUACAGUGAAAAGAUGGCACAUGCAACUGUGAGCCCCAAGGCCUAAUAAGCUAAGUUUUGAAACUGUUCUGCUUAAAUAAAAGGAAAAAAAAGUUCUCGCACUUAAAAGGAGAGGAAUUUUAGCAAGGAAGAAGGGAAACAGGGGUAAUGAGACCUACCUCAUUUUGGAGUCUGAAUGUAUUUCAGGCUGCUCACAAAGUGUUUUCUGCUGUCGCUUGCUCUAGGACACGGUAUCUGGUCAUGCUUUGGUGCCAAGCAAUUGCUUGCUCUAAGAGGAGACUAAACAAGGACUCUCCCACGCAGUAAGUGCCGACCCAGAAUGGCUGUCCUCAAACAUAUCACAGUGCUGUGCCACUGCCCUCUGAUCUGCCCGCGUGUGAAACGGGCCUUCAGCUCUGCCCUCAGCAGUGCUUUGAAAUCUAACAGUGCAACGUGCAGGGGAUUAAUGAAAACUUUUGCAUUGAUGCUAGUCCCUCUCGGCAUGGUCCUUCCUGUAAUAAAUUGGGUUUGGGGUUAAUACAACCUGGAGCUAAUACAAAUCCAUCACUUGCCAGCUGCUUCUCCACUUAGUGUUUCAUGUUGAAGAUAGUGGAGGAUAUCUGGGGAGCCCUUCAACAAACACCAGCCUCCAGUGGCGCAUAAAAGUAAUUCUAGCAAGCAGGAAAAAAGCUAUUCCGGAUUGUACCACUUGGCACUCACGUAAGCAUGAUAAAAACUUUAGUAUUUUGUGUAGCAAAGACUAUCUUACCAGCAUUAAAUGUUUAAUUGAAAUCUGUGCAUGAAAUCUCUACAUGUAUCUUACUAAGAGCAAUAAGCAAAGAAUCUAUUUUAAUUUGUGUCUUUCUAAAAGGCGUGCCCUGCCACAAGAAGGAAUAUAUUUUCUAAAAGAUUUUGCCUAGAA